AUGGUGGUGAUUGCUGGCAGUCGAGAGUCAGUUAAUGCUUCAUUCACUGAUGGAAUGCCCGAGGUUGUCUCGUAUCACACAGUAAAUGCGACUCUUGGGGCACUAGGAACUGCUGUGAAUAUGCUUCUGCUCGUCAUCUUUGUGGCGUCUGCCAGUAUGAGGAAAAAAUCUGAGGUGCUUAUUGUGUUGUGCCUUGCAGAUGGCAUGAAUACUUUAUCAAUCCUUCUCAUGGGUCUCAACAGGGUUUUCCUCUAUAAAGAGGUAAGAUUACAUGCGUUUGCCCUCAAGCCAUUGUCAGUCAGUGCUUCACAAAUCCUACACAAGAUGGAAAUCAAGGAAAAUGAAUAG